AUGUGUGUCACGCCACUAUCCCAGGUUCAAAUCACCCGGCGCUUAAUCAAGCCCUGGGAUCGGAUUCCAAACACUUCAGUCCAAUUCAAGCCUCUCCUUAUCUACCACUCAGCUUUCACCGGUUCUGCCUCACAGAUAUCCAAUCACCUCAAACAAGUCGGAGCGGUGAAGCAGCACUGGAUCUAUUCCAUGUACCCUACAAGCCAUUUCCAUUCGAGUACGCAUGAAGUUCUCAGCGUGGUUGCCGGAAAGGCAAAGCUUUGCUUCGGUCAUGAGGAAAAUCCGGACCGGUUUGAGCCAACUGUUUACAAGGGCGACGUCAUUAUCGUUCCAGCAGGGGUUUCGCAUCGACUGCUUGAAGAUCUAGACGGCAAUUUUAGUAUGGUUGGGUCGUAUCCGCCUGGAAAGGAUUGGGAUAUGUGCUAUGGUAAAGUGGGAGAAGAAGAGAAGAUCCAGAGCAUAGGCUCUCUGGGCUGGUUCAGCAAAGAUCCGCUUUACGGAGAUCAAGGGCCAGUGCUGGAAGUAUGA